CGCACAGAAAUCGACAAAACUAGGCGGAUGGAGGGGACUGCGAGGGGGGUACCGGCCAGAUAGGCUUCGCGGUGAUCCCUCGCCCGAUGCCCAGCUCUAUGCCCACGGGCGCCGAGGCACCUGCGGGAAGGGCGGGGAAUCGAGACUCCUUCCCCGCCGCGCCCUCUCCGCCCUCUCCCCGCCUCCUUCCCGGGCGUCCUGAGGCUGCCCCCCCACUCGACGGCCGCGACCCCGAAGGCUGAGCCACCCCAGAACCAAGGCCCCCCCGCGACGGCGGAAGCGCCCGCGGGCCUCUCACAAGGAAAAUUAGUCGAGAGCCGCCCCCGGCCGGGCCGAGGCCCUUAGGGCUUCCCGGAAGCUCGGUGAGCGGGUGGCACCACGGUGCCCCAGAGCCGCCGCGGAGCCCAGGCUUCCCCACCUCGUAGGGAGAGCGGCAGAGGCUACGCGACGACCCAGGCCUCUGAGUGCCAGUGGUGGUGUUGUCCCUUGUCAUCUGGAACCCCAUGCAACCGGAACCCAGGCCUAGUGGGGCUGGGGCACACACCCAAUUUCUGCCCCUGAGGUCACAGCGCCCCGAAGGGGCAGGGGACACGGUGAUGUACGCCUCCACGGAGUGCAAGGCUGAGGUGACCCCCUCGCAGCACGGCAACCGCACCUUUAGCUACACGCUGGAGGACCACACCAAGCAAGCCUUUGGCAUCAUGAAUGAACUGCGGCUCAGCCAACAGCUAUGCGAUGUUACGCUGCAGGUCAAGUACGAGGAUGCACCAGCUGCCCAGUUCAUGGCCCACAAGGUGGUGCUGGCUUCAUCCAGCCCUGUCUUCAAGGCUAUGUUCACCAACGGGCUGCGGGAGCAGGGCAUGGAGGUAGUGUCCAUUGAGGGGAUCCACCCUAAGGUCAUGGAGCGCCUCAUCGAGUUCGCUUACACGGCCUCCAUCUCCAUGGGUGAGAAGUGUGUGCUCCAUGUCAUGAAUGGUGCUGUCAUGUACCAGAUUGACAGUGUGGUCCGUGCCUGCAGCGACUUCCUGGUGCAGCAGCUGGACCCCAGCAAUGCCAUUGGCAUUGCCAACUUCGCCGAGCAGAUUGGCUGUGCCGAGCUACACCAGCGUGCCCGAGAGUACAUCUACAUGCACUUUGGGGAGGUGGCCAAGCAAGAGGAAUUCUUCAAUUUGUCCCACUGCCAGCUGGUGACCCUCAUUAGCCGGGACGAUCUGAAUGUGCGCUGCGAGUCUGAGGUCUUCCAUGCCUGCAUCAACUGGGUCAAGUACGACUGUGAGCAGCGGCGUUUCUACGUGCAGGCGCUGCUGCGGGCUGUGCGCUGCCACUCGCUCACGCCCCACUUCCUGCAGAUGCAGCUGCAGAAGUGCGAGAUCCUGCAGUCGGACUCCCGCUGCAAGGACUACCUGGUCAAGAUCUUCCAAGAGCUCACUCUGCACAAGCCCACACAGGUGAUGCCCUGCCGAGCACCCAAGGUUGGCCGGCUCAUCUACACUGCCGGCGGCUACUUCCGCCAGUCACUCAGCUACCUGGAGGCCUACAACCCCAGUGAUGGCACAUGGCUCCGGCUGGCGGACCUGCAGGUGCCCCGUAGCGGCCUGGCAGGCUGUGUGGUGGGCGGGCUGCUGUAUGCUGUGGGCGGCCGGAACAAUUCACCCGACGGCAACACCGACUCCAGCGCCCUGGACUGUUACAACCCCAUGACCAACCAGUGGUCGCCCUGUGCCCCCAUGAGCGUACCACGAAAUCGAAUUGGGGUUGGGGUCAUCGAUGGGCACAUCUAUGCUGUAGGUGGCUCCCAUGGCUGUAUCCACCACAACAGUGUGGAGAGGUAUGAACCCGAGCGGGAUGAGUGGCACUUGGUGGCUCCAAUGCUGACGCGAAGGAUCGGGGUGGGAGUGGCUGUCCUCAACCGUCUGCUCUACGCAGUUGGGGGCUUUGACGGGACAAACCGCCUCAACUCAGCAGAGUGUUACUACCCAGAGAGGAAUGAGUGGCGAAUGAUCACACCCAUGAACACCAUUCGAAGUGGGGCAGGAGUCUGUGUCCUGCACAACUGUAUCUAUGCUGCGGGGGGCUACGAUGGUCAGGACCAGCUGAACAGUGUGGAACGCUACGACGUGGAGACAGAAACGUGGACUUUCGUAGCCCCCAUGAAGCAUCGGCGAAGCGCCCUGGGGAUUACUGUGCAUCAGGGAAGAAUCUAUGUUCUCGGAGGCUAUGAUGGUCACACAUUCUUGGACAGUGUGGAAUGUUAUGACCCAGACACGGACACCUGGAGCGAGGUGACCCGCAUGACAUCCGGCCGGAGUGGGGUUGGUGUCGCCGUCACCAUGGAACCCUGUCGGAAGCAGAUUGACCAGCAGAACUGUACCUGUUGAGCCACUUUUGUUUCUUGGGCAAAAAAAGGGUCAGAUCAAGAGUAUUAUCACUUUUGUAUCAAAACAGGGACAAAAGAAAAAGCUACAGAGCAAAGGCUUGUCCUCCAAGAUAGGAAGCUGGGAUGCCUCAGUGUUAAAACGACAACUCCAAAGGCCAGAGUGGGAACCUGUGAGCCUGUCAGAGUGGUCCCAGGAAUGUCUGGGAGAACUUGCCUGGGAGGUGGGUGCAGGAAGGGCGGGCCCCCGGAGAGAGGCCCCCAAACCCACUACCCCAAGACUGGGCCUGGGUCCUACACCAGCAGCCACCACCUCCCUUUGGGAUGAAAGCAGGUGCCGAGGACAGACUGUUUUUUUUUCCCUGCAACUCUGUGUUUGGUUCCUUGAGGCCUGGGAAGGAGCCAACUGAGGCCUCAGGGGCUGAGGCCCCUUCCUGCUUAAGGACCCCAGGGACGGGCCUGUACAUAGAAACCACUGGAUAUCGCUGCCCUGGACAGUCAUUUUGUUGAUAAGUAACCCUGUAACUUUCCAAUGAAAAUAAAGAACAAACUAACUAGUGUCUUCCAC